CCCCUCCCCGCCGUCAACUGACAAGGACCCGGACCGGAGCCGCUCGCCCUCAAUCCACAUAAACCCCGUUGCCGAUCUCCGUCCCCCGGCAGCUACCCCGGCGCCGUACAGAACUACCGCCCGUCAUCCAACACAACACCAUGGCUUCCAUUUCUAGUAGGCUCAGCAGCCAAUUCGUCCUGCUUGCACACCGGACGGCGCCAUGUGCCAGGACUGCAUCUCAAGCUUCGGGAACGCAUUUCGUCCUGGUCUUCGGCUCUGGCUCCGGCUCCGGCUUCCGCACCGCCCAAUCGGCACGCUUCUUUGCCUCCAAGGCUAAGAAGGCAGCGAAGAAGCCGACCUCGUCAUCCACCGUCAUCACUACCGUAACCGCUCCUCCCACUGUGGUCCCCGCCUCAUAUGCCGAACAGCUAGCGAAGAAGGGCCGGACCCUCCUCUACGAGGCUCACUCGCACGCCUGGUUCCGCUUCGCCAGCUUCACCACCGGCAGCUUCUGCAUCGCCUACUCGCUCUACAACUACUGGAGCGUCCACCUCAACCCUCCGGCGGACCUGUCCACCUGGGUCCCCUAUGCCUACGGCGUCAUCUGCGCCAUGACCAUUGGCAUGGGCGGCUACUUCUUCAUGGGCUUGCGGCGCAUCAUCCGGCACAUCGAGGCCGUGCCGGCCUUCCAGGUGGUCUCCCAGAUCACCGACGGCGCAGCCUCGGCCUCCACCAAAAAGUCCAAGGGAUGGGCUGAGCUCCUCACCAGCAAGCCCAAGGCCGUUCCCGUCACCACCCCUACCCCGAUUUACCUCGAGGUCGCCUACAGCCGCGCCAUCCCCUUCUUGCCCAACAAGAAGGAGUAUUACCACCCUUCCGAGGUCGAGAUGCCCUUCCGCAUGCAGCUGCUGUGCGAGAAGCUGAACACCCUUAGCGCGCAGAAAAACGUGGGCAAGAACCUCCCUACCACCAAGACCGGACAGAUCAUUGCGGCGAGCAAGCAGAAGGCUGCUAGGGAGAAGGAGCGCAAGGAAAGGAUGCAGCAUCUGCUUACCCUGCCGUUCAGGGACGCGGCGAAAGUGUUUCGCGGGGCGUAUGAUGGCCUCAGGAGGUCGUUCUACCGUGAGGGCUUUGCCAAGGUCUAUUUGAGGGGCGUGGAGUAUAAGUUGGAUAUGACUUCUGGAUGGGCGCUGGAUGAUGGAAGGGCUAUUGAUCGGUUGGUCCAUGUCAAGCCGAGUGCGAAUAUUAGCGCGUAUUGAGCGGGCGUGCUUGGAAAGGUGCGCCGGGAGGGAAAGGAGUUGCGGUUAGGUAUACCCCCCUGACUCGUAGGACACGAUAUCGUUCUGUAUA